AUGACGUCGCCCAAGCUUGACGCUAGAGGGACCCAGGGGGGAGCUUUCCUCCCACUCCUCCAUGAAGUCAGGGAUCUUGAGCAGGCGGAUCAGCCUCAUCAGGCGAACCAGGCGCAGCAUGCGAACCAGCCUGGUUGAUCUGUUUGUCCGCAUGCGCGCGUAAUUUGCACAACAUGUACGCCACCGCGACCUGCUUCUGGUUCGCCACCACCUCCCCGUCCCUGUGGAGAAGAGCCGUGCGUAGGGUGACCAGCAUGUCCGCGAAGAACAGCGCGUCCACGAAGUACGAGAGCACCUGCCACCCGCCCUCGGGUGGGCGAUCGAAGCCGAGGCGGUACGUUACCUCAAGCACCGACCAGAUUAUCACCAUGGACAACCAGAGGUCCCACGAAACCUGAGCAACAGCGGCACGGAAUUGAGAGUCGUCAGAACACGCGAAACGAAAAGCCACCCAGCCCUU